GCGGGUGAGAUGACAGUGCAGUCAGUCGAUGGCUAAAGGUUCAAUUAUAUGAGUUGAGCUCAGAAUUACGGCGAAACGCCUACUUUCAUCUUCAUUGAUUACGUGCUGUAUCCUUGGGAUUUUCGAACAGCUGCGAGGAGACCAAGAAUUAUAACCUUGUGAGAGCCGAAAUGAAACGCCGAGGCUGGUAGACGUCAAUUCCCCGCACAUGGUCUUCCCAAGAACACUUGAAUCACCACUGCGCUCACAUCUAGUGGGGCACAGUUGUUCUGUAUGUACAACGUGGUCCGGACCUCGGGCGCGACAUGCGAUCGACGACAAGCGGGGGUUUCGGCUUAUUCUCCCGACGAUUUGAGCCUAUAUGAUCGACUGAUAUAGCCGUCAAGAAUCCCCUUUUACUCCAAGUCCUAGAGGAAAGCUUGAAUCUGGGACUCUGAAGAUUCGUAAAAGUGAAGAAAAUGUCAAAUCCAGCGCGCAGACUGAUCACUCAAUCGGGGAAUAGACGACCUCAGUUUAGACACGGCCUCUCCGGCAAAUACCAGAGAUUCACACGAUUCCUUCAUGCCCGUGCAAAGGAGUACCUACAAGCACACGAUCCCGACCUGACUGAUUCUCAACGGACUGUCCGCGAAGCCAUCGCUAAAAUCUGCGCUAAUUAUACGGAUGAGUAUUGGCUCAAGCAAGAAGAAAAGAAAGAAUUUCCGUUUGAGCUCCAUAGAAAGCUCGCCGAUGAUGGGUGGCUGGGAAUUUGCAUCCCGCCUGAGUUCGGGGGCGCGGGCUUGGGUAUCUCUGAAGCUGCAAUUAUGAUGCAGACUCUAUCGGAGUCCGGAGGAGGAAUGAAUGCUGCUUCUUCUGUACACAUGAACAUUUUUGGCCUGGAACCGGUCGUCAAAUUUGGGACGGAAGAACAGAAGCGUCGCUGGCUUGAGCCUUUAAUUCAAGGUCGAGAGAGAGCAUGUUUCGGCGUCACUGAGCCUAAUACCGGACUCGAUACAUUGAAACUACAAUCCACGGCUCGAAGAGAUGGGGGCGACUAUAUCUUGUCGGGUCAAAAGAUAUGGAUUUCGACAGCACAAAAUGCGCACAAGAUAUUGAUCCUGGUGCGCACGACCCCUCUUGAUCAAGUCAGUAAAGCAUCACAAGGUCUUUCGCUAUUCUAUACCGAUCUUGAUCCAUCCAUGGUUGAGAUUACGGAGAUACCCAAAAUGGGCCGUGCAGCUGUCGACACAAACUCACUUUUCUUCGACGACUGGCGCGUUCCAGCGACUGACAUGGUCGGCCAAGAGAACGAGGGAUUCAAAAUGAUCCUACAUGGAAUGAAUGCCGAGCGCAUUUUGAUCGCCGCCGAAGCUCUUGGCCUUGGAUAUGCCGCAAUUCGACGAGCAGCCACUUAUGCAGGCGAGAGACAUGUGUUUGGACGUGCUAUUGGACAGAAUCAGGCUAUUCAACACCCCCUGGCUGACAGCUGGAUGAAGCUCGAAGCGGCUAGAUUGAUGAUAUACCAUGCCGCGCGGCUAUACGAUGAUGGGUAUUCGUCCGGGGAAUAUGCUAACGCCGCGAAGUAUCUGGGUGCCGAAGCAGCCUUCCAGGCUUGUGAGCGAGCUGUUAUGGUGCACGGAGGAAUGGGAUAUGCGAAGGAAUAUCAUGUGGAAAGAUACUUGCGUGAAGUGCUGAUUCCUCGAAUUGCCCCAGUCAGUCGGGAGAUGAUAUGCAAUUACAUUGGGGAGAGAGUGCUUGGGCUACCGAAGUCGUACUAA